GAACUGAUCAUGGAAUUGUUAAAUCGCCUCAACAUCGUAAUCGCGAGAUGUUCCUUUCGUUCGCCCAAGCUGGAAAUGACAAGUCGAAAUCGGUCCUGCUGCUGUCGUUCCAUCUCUCCUGUAAUCCCGUACCCAGUUUCCUCUCCCUCUCUCCGCCUCUCGUUUCCCCCCGCUGUGGUGAAGUGGUGCGAUAUGCGAAUGCGAUAUCGCGAGCGAAACGAAUGGUAAAUGGUGCGACAGAUUGUGUGGCUCGAGCUCUCGUAGAGAUGGUAAACAAGUCACACAACAGCUGUCACUUUAUCUAGUCACAACCGAGAUAAAUGGGGAACGUCACAACGAGCCCGAGACCAAGAUCGCUCGCUGAAGUGUGAAUCACUAAGGGAAAAGUCUAGCAGCGGAACGAAUUAUGCCUCGAGAACAGCUCUCUUAUGACAGUCCGACGGAGCAGCGGACUGCUUAUUAGGUUAUGUUAUUCCGUCAAAGUGUUCGUACUUUAGCGAGAAAUUCGUCGACAGCCACGUAGAGAGGAGUCAAGACUAUAACAAUGGGUGACCAUAUCGGCGAUAACAUAUUAAUUCCACAGGUCGACAACGUCGUGUUAGUCGAUAAGAGCGAUGGCAAUAACAAGAGCAUGGAUGGGACGCUGUGCAUCAGCGGUCAUCAUCUUAUUCUGUCCUCUAGGCAAGAUGACGGACAAGAGCUUUGGCUGAUGAACAGGAAUAUUGAUGUCGUAGAGAAGAAACUGAAUGCUCAGAGCCCAGGCGGUAGUAUAAUAUUGAAAUGCAAGGAUUUUCAAAUCCUUCAGUUAGAUAUUGGUUCUACCAAUGAUUUAAUCAACGCCAUAUUGUCCAUAGAGAAGCUGAUAUCGCUAGACCAAACUUUACAAUACCCAUUCUUCUAUCGACCACAGACAACCAACAACAUCAUGGUACAAAUCGAAGAUGGAUGGACAGCGUUUGCACCUGUUUCCGAAUGGUCUAGAUUGCUAGCGGCUCAUGGAGAUGAGUGGCGUAUCAGUUACCUGAAUAGAGAUUACAAAGUUUGUAGUUCGUAUCCGUCAGCAGUCAUAGUACCGCGUCAAGUAGAUGACAAAGUUGUAAUAGCUUCAGCUGGCUUCAGGGACGGUGGAAGAUUCCCUGUUUUGUGUUACAGACACGAAGGAGGUAGUAUAUUGUUGAGAAGUAGUCAGCCGUUAUGCGGUGCUACUGGUAAGAGAUGUAAGGAAGAUGAAAAAUUGUUAAAUGCAGUCCUAGGUCCUGGAAGACGUGGUUACAUAGUGGACACAAGAUCGGUUAAUCAGGCGCAGAGUGCUAGAGCCAGAGGCGGAGGAACGGAAAUGGACACGGCUUAUCCGCAGUGGCGAAAAGUACACAAACCAGUUCCUCGGCCGCACGAAUUAGCAGAUAGUUUCUACAAAUUAAUAGAGGCUUGCAAUGACGUGAACAGUUCAACUUCGCAAUGGCUAUCAAAAUUGGAUAGCAGCGGAUGGUUAACUGCUGUACAGAGUGCUUUAAAUGCUGCCUGCGUCACCGCGCAAUGCUUGCAUCAAGAAGCCGCGGCUGUGCUAGUGCACGGCAGCACAGGUAGAGACUCUACGCUGGUGGUAACUAGCUUAGCCCAGGCAAUAUUGAAUCCCGAUUGUCGAACGGUACGAGGACUUCAGGCACUCAUAGAGCGCGAAUGGUUACAAGCCGGCCAUCAAUUUUUCAGUCGGACUCGUUACGCAGCAUAUCAGCCUUCAAACUCCCAAAAUCCAACGCAUGCACCGACUUUUCUGCUUUUCCUUGAUUGCCUGUAUCAGUUGCAUCAUCAAUUUCAAUUCAGCUUCGAGUAUACCGUGGAUUUACUCAUCAAAUUGUAUAAGCACGCCUACUCCUCGAACUAUGGUACAUUUUUAGGUGAUUCGGAAGCGGAAAGAAUAAAAUUACGGCUAUCCGAACGAACUUACAGUUUAUGGUCGUAUAUGAAUCAACCGGACGUUUUGGAGCAAUGGAUAAAUCCAUUGUAUGAGCCGAAUCCGAGAGUGAUUUGGCCCAGCGUCGCACCUAUCAGUAUUCAAUUGUGGAGAGAACUAUAUCUUGCGCAUACAAGCGCAGCCCCGUGGGAUGGCAUGCUCUCCUACGCGAAGCAGAUCAAGCAGAAUCACACGGCAGUGCGCAAGGUAGCCGGACAGCUCCAGGCGCAGAUCAAACAAGCGUUGGAAGAAAUCCGAUCAGAUCCGGACAUGUCGCGGAGAGACACGGACAAUCAAGAGGACCAUCCCCGUAUAGCGCAAUUGAGCCUGGAGUCUCAGAGUACUUGAUAUUACAGAAUGUAGAAAUCGAAGAAGAGGAAGAAAUGUCCAUGUUGUUCAACGAUCUUGUCAAUAUGCCUUUAAUUAUACAAUACUAUCGUUAAUCCGCGAGGAUCUUCACGACCUGCCACGAAUGCUGAAUGCCUUCGUAAUAAAUUCUCGACGCCAUGCUUACAACUUCACGCCGAGAUGAAGUAAAGGGUGUCUAUUAGCUUUAAGAAUAGGUCUGAGAUUGAGCAUAUUAUCAUUGUCAAUAUAGAUUUGAAUAUUGCGUAUCGUGUAAAAGGUAUUUCUCUCACGUCAUUGCAGUCAAGUCACGCGAUUUUCGCCUAUGUAGUAAAACUUGUAUUACCGAGAGGGUGUCAAGUUCUAUUUAAACGAUUUAAACGAGACAAGAUAAAUUGUGAUAUUUUUUAUUUCACAACAAACGCAUGGUUCAUACCAUGAAAACAGAGUUAACGAUAUUACACAUCACAUAUAUGUACAUAUAUAUAUUAUAUAUAAAAAGGAAUUUAUAUAUAAUAUAUAUAUAUAUAAAAUACUAUAUACACACAUAAUUUAUUUAUCCAAAGUAAUAUAACAAAUGAAAAUGGACUGUAUAUUGUAAAUCCAUUAUUAAAGAGCGUAAUUGCGAGGGGA